AUGUCGCCAUCAGUUCUUAGACAUACUGCGGCAGCCACCGCCGCCCGGAGUUUUGUCUGGCUUCGCUCUCCCGCUCACGGCCAGCACCGUGCAUUGUCUUUCACGACGCCGACAACUAUACGUCACUGCUCCCGGCAACCCUGCUAUGCGCGCCCCGACCCCGCUACCUUCUCUGCUGCCGGCCGUGCCUUUCACUCCUUCGACCACCCUAACGAAACGCCCUCACAGGACCGCUUCAGUGACGCCGAGAAUGCCAUUCUGACAGCAGCGGCUCGCCAUAUACCGACGCACGGGUUCACAGAGCACACCGUUGCUCUCGGUGUCUACGAUGCCGGCUACCCGGCCAUCAGCAUAAACAUCCUGCCCGACGGUGUCUUCAGCCUAGUGCGUUGGCACCUGAUGAACCAGCGUACCAACCUAGCCACCCGCUGCCGCGAGAUUCUGGGAGAAGCACCUCCGGAUGACGUGGUGCUAGCCCCAGCAGAAGUGGCUAGUAGAGCCGAACGAAUCAUUUGGGGGCGGCUUCUGGGAAAUAAAGACGUCGUAGGACGCUGGCAAGAGGCCCUCGCUAUUAUGGCCCAGCCAAGCUACAUUCCUGCUUCACUGCGGGAGUUGUCCCUCCUGGCCGACGAGAUCUGGGCGCUUGCUGGCGAUAAGGCCGUUGAUCCAUCAUGGUACACAAAGCGAGCUGCUGUCUCGGCCAUCUAUGUUUCAAGCGAACUUUUCAUGACCACAGACAGUUCCGGCCCUGAAUUCCCGGCUACUCGCGAAUUCCUUGAGCGCCGCUUCCGCGAGUCGCAAGAGCUCGGCGGCUACGUUCGGUCUGUAGGGGAGUGGGUGAGCUUCGCUGCGAGUGCUGGCGUAAACGUGCUGCGGAGCAAGGGUGUGAAUGUAUGA